CAAAGAGUCAGUGCAGCUCCUUCUGACCUUCUCCAUACUUCUGCAUCGACACUCUCAAAGCACACAUCACCCAGCUGCCUGAGCCUCUCACACACUGAGUGAAGACGGGGUCAUGGAGGUGUCGUCGCACAGCCUCUUCCUGCUGCAGCAGCUCAACGUGCAGAGGGAGUUUGGCUUCCUGUGCGACUGCACCGUCGCCAUCGGAAACGUCUACUUCAAAGCUCACCGCGCCGUGCUGGCCGCCUUCUCCAACUACUUCAAGAUGAUCUUCAUCCAUCAGUCCAGCGAGUGUAUAAAGAUCCAGCCCACGGACAUCCAGCCAGACGUCUUCAGCUACCUGCUGCACAUCAUGUACACCGGCAUGUGUCCCAAACAGCCGGUGGACCAGAGCCGGCUCCAGGAGGGCAUCAAGUUCCUUCACGCCUACCAGCUGUGCCGCAAAACUGGCGAGGGGGCCACUGAAACUGCCAACAACGUGGUCCGCAUGUCCAACCUCUACGGCAUCCAGAUCUCCUCCCAGCUGGCCAACAAGGAGGGGCCCGGUGUCCCCAAGACCACCACGGUGUCACGUGGGGCUGAGGACGGGCGGUCCUCAGGGCGAGGGGGGCGGUCUCACUCCCAGCUGUCGCUCGCUGUUGGACUGGAGGGGGUCUCUUCGGACCAUCAGGCCUCUGCGCUACGCAACGUCUGCUCUGUGGCAUCUGGAGACGAUUCGGACAUCUCAACAACUCGUGUCAAGCAGGAGCGGUUGGAGGAGGAGGAGGAUGGCGAGGGCGAGGAAGGUCCGGGGGCGGGGUCUCCAGUUCAGGACAGCAGUCCCAGUCAGGGCCUCCUGUUCAAAGAUCGGCCCCUGGUCCUACUUUGUCCUCGCUGUGGAGAGCGCUGCUCCUCCCCCGAGGGCCUGCGGGAGCACCUGUUCAGCCACGCCCUUGACCCCGCCCGUCUCAUGGAGGGGCUGUCGCAGGGUGGUGAGUUGGACGCUGGCUUGGAGGAGGGCCCUCCAGGGGCUCAGGAGCAGCUGGAUGCAGGAUGUUUGGAGGAGGCACUCAGGCAGAGCCAAGCGCUAGCCAACCAACUGGCCGCUGAGCUGAGGAGGAGCCGAGGGGGUGGCGGGAGCGGAGGAGGGGGCAGCAGCCCCGCCCCCUCCAUCCUGCACUCACGCAAACGUAAGAUCGCCUGUGCCGUCUGCAGCCUGCGCUUCUCCCACAAGAGCCAGUUGCAGGAGCACAUGUACACCCACACGGGCAAGCCGUCCCGCUACCAUCGCUACAACCGCCUCUGCAGCCAGCUCUUCCAGGCCUCUGCCAACUUCUGCGAGGGGGCCGCCGAGCCUGGGGGAGCCUCAGUGGGCACCCCCGCAGUGCUCUCUGAGGAGCCCAACAGGGACACUCAGGACAAUGGCAGCUCCUGCUACUCCCUGGACUCAGAGAUCUCCCAGGAGAGCGUGGAUGGAGUGCCGGUCGAGUGAUGCCAUCGGGAAUGAGAGCUGUGACUGGACGAAAUGGGACACCCUGAGGGUGGUGUUCUGUCUGAAGGGUCCGUACCUGUGUGUGGGGGUGUGUGUGAGUGUGUUUAAACUGGUCAUGUGAUCAUGACGCUAUGAGGUCACCAGCUGAUAGGUCGGACUGUUUGAUGAGUUUCAGCCCAGAAACCUCAGAAGAAUCUGACUGAUUGAUUGAUUGACUGAUCAGGAACUCUGUUAUGUACCAUCAGUUGAAGUGUUUGCUGGUUUUUCUCUGGACUGCUGGAGAUGCUAUUGGACAAUUCAUUGAUUAAUCAGCAGAAUAAUCAGCAGUUAUUGAUCAGUCCUAACCUCUGACUAAUGUCACUUCCUGUCAGUCAUUUCACUGCUUUGUGUUUCCUUCUCUGAAAAUGAAGCAGCAGAGACUCUAAACCUGGAAGCAGCCGACAGUGAAGUCCGUCUGAGACUGAGAGGAAGAGGAGGUGCACGCUGUGAUGUCAGAACCAUCAUGGAGGUCGGGUGUGUGUCAGUCUGAUGGCGUGAAGCAGAGCUCAGAGCAUCAUGACAGUCUGCAGCUGCAUUCUCCACAAACCACGUUUCUGUUUCUGAACUACGAAAAGCUCAGAGAUACGAUUUCUGUCAUUUGGUGGUUGUGUCAGUCUUUUGUAUGAAGUGUGAUCUAAAAGUUAUGAGACGAGGUCUAAAAAAUCCUGGUCUUAAAUCUGGCAGAUCUCACGUUCAGGAUCAUCUUCUCCUGCAGCGCUGGAUGUGUUUCUGGAUCUCUCAGUUCUCCUCCGGCCGUCCACGUUGUUCUUUGUGUUUUAGAUUUUUGUUAUUGAUUGACUUUUUUCUUUCCCUUCACCUUGCUGGGUAGGUUUAGACACUAAAAACUGCUCAGUUAGGUUUAAGAUUAAAACACCUAACAGUAAACCUGCUUGGAAGUGACCGAUCGUUUGGGGCACCUUGUCCAUAAUGGGCGUGUUAUAGUUUCCUUAAGCGAGUGUGUUUGGGUCUGACUGACGUAAAGUUCAUCGUCAGACCUUCCUGCCCUCUUAGUGACUUCAGCCAAGUAUAACAGGAGCAUGUGUCUGCAGCUGAAACACAAUACUCCCCGCCUGCAUGAGCCUAAAUGCCAGCAGCUCAGAUAAAACAGCAGCGAGUGACAUCUUCAUUUUUAGGUGUUGUGCGAACAUUGUGUUGGUGUGAAGUGCUGUCAGUGUGACUGGCAGAUAAAUUCACAGUACAAAACCCCAUGAAUGACGACACAUCAACUUAUUUAUUCAAGCUUUAUUUUCUGUGCACACCUGGUCAAGAAAGUUCAUCAUGACGGGGUUACAAACAAGCAGGAAACACAGGACAGAGUGCAGAUUAGAGGAGCUGUUGUUCUGCAGGUACAGAUUCCUUUGUAGGAGCAUUAAACAUUCAGCUUGAGUCUCUGAAGGUUUUUCCAGUGCUGCUGUACUGAGCUCUGAGUGUCCUGAAGUUUAGACAGCGUGUAAAUAAAAAUCUAGCAAUGCAGUGAAAGCUCACGCUCCAAACAGCCAACAGGAUGAGGAAGAGGAGUUACAGCAGCUGCAGAAACCUGCUGUCAGAACUGACCCGAAGCCACAGGGUUCUCUGCCUUUUCUCCGAGCUCUCUUCGUCUCUGUGGAACAGACCAGACUGAUCACAAACUGCCACAAGCUCGCCCGACAUUUCUGUCAGCUGGUGAGGAGAGCCCUCAGACUGUGGGAGAACCUUAGGUUUGAUAUUUUUAGUUCAGGUCUUUGCGCAGACUCUGUAAUCCUGCUGAGCGCUCUGAGACCUCUGCAGAACCUCAGACUUGGUGUGAACGCAGGCCACCUUCAGCACACUCAGCUCUGAUCACCACAGUGAAGCAGAGGCUGACGGUAGCUCUGUGGGCAGGUCUGAGGUCUCAGCACGCUCAGUGUCAGCGCUCAGGCUUCCAAGGAGAUCUCACAGCAGCAGCCUGGAAGCUGGCCGCCCGGCAGGAGGACCUUUCACGUGGGAUCAGCCAGAUUUAAGUGACAUCAGGUUUCUCAUGGACCUGCUUCCUGAAGCUUCUUCAUGCCUGUAAACUCAGUGAACACUUCUCUGCUCUGUGCUAAAGUCAAGUCAAGUCAAGUCAAGUUUAUUUAUAAAGCACAUUUAAAACAACGACGUUGACCAAAGUGCUGUACAAGAUCUGUAACCCCAAGGACUAUACUAAAUAAAAAUAAAAAUAUAUAAAUAAAUAAAUAAAUAAAGACUCGGUUCAGAUACAAAGGUCAGGGUCAAAGGUCAAAGUAAGACCUUCGCGAAGGCUGAAGAGCUGCCACAGCUUCAGGCUGAAAACACAGUGGAGUUACCUGCAGAGACAGCGACGGUCUCUGGACGCUGGCUCCAGCUGUUACCUUUCUAGCUUGAUUUUUGGGGUUCUAACUCAGUCUGAACCUUCACCUUCAGCACUCUGCUGCCAAAAGAGAAGAUCUGAAUGUUCUGGACUCAUCCUGUCUCUGACUUUUCUUGAUUUUCUGUUAAAUACACGAGGUCACAGAGUGAGAUGUUUAAUUUCCUAUAACAAGGUAAAAGUCGUCCCGGUGAGAAAAAGCUCCAACUGCUGUGACUGCUCAUCUUAAAGCAUCAGGAGGUGUUGCCCCUCAGCAGGCUUCCAGAAGCCUUCCAGUCAGAAUAAAGUAAGAGCUAAAACACAAACAGAGGGGCUGCACCUAGGCCUGCUGUCAGGUACAGAAGGAUUAUUAUCAACUGUGUUUCAUACAAAGCUGCUCUCUUAGAGUCCACAAAUAAAAACAUGGAGUUGAAGGGAUGACUUGCAGGUCUUUAUCCUCCAUGGAAGGAAUCCUGAUCAUGUCCUCCCAGCAGGAAGGAGCGUUCAACUUGAGUCUGCAAUGUUAAAGUCAAACUUCUCCACAUGUGCUGGUAGGACCUCUGGAGGGCACUCUUACACUGAGUCAGGACUCCUCCUUCAAACAAAGACGCAAAGAGUCCAGGUGAUGGAACUGGUUUCCAGCAGACGGUUUCUCCGUGGGCAAAGAGCAGUUUCUGGUUUAACUUCUGGUUUUCUCUUUUAGAUCAGAAACAAAGAAAGGCACAAAAAUAAAGACAGGAAGUACAGCUGGGAAAAGUGUCAAUCAGUGAGUUUUGACCCUCAGCGGGUCCCAGCGGACCUCCACAGGGGCACACUUUUAUUUUAAAUUUUAAAGAAAGUUUUAAAAAUAUUCAAUCUUUUGUAUAUUUAUUGUAAAACUCUGGAAAAAAUCUUUAAACAGUCUAAAAAAAUAAAAGCCAACAAGCACAGUUUUAUUUUGAAAGAGUUACUGAGUUUGAAAUAUUUGUUGGAAUUACCCUGUUAAAUUGUACAUUUUAUUUUGAAGGAGUUCCAGUCUGUUGCAGUUUAAUCCUUUUAUUUUGAAGAGGUUACCAUCUGUUGACAUUUUGUUUUGAAGGAGCCAGUUUCAGUUGCAAUUUAAAAUGUCAUGUUGAAGGGAUUACCGUUUGUUUCAUUUUAAAACCUUUAUUUUAAAAGAGUUACAUCUGUUGCAUCUUAAAAUCUUUAUUUUGAAGGAGUUACAGUUGGUUUCAUUUUAAACCGUUUAUUUUGAAGGAGUCUUAACAGGAUGAUAUUGGUGGAAAUUGGCAGAAUGUUCCUUUAAAUUCCAACCUUGGUCUCUGCUGUUCCUUUCAGUUGUCACAUGGCCAGUACUCAUUGAUAAUGAGGUGUUAUUGAUUAUUGAUUGGUGAAUGUGUGACUGUUGUGCCGUCGUCUUCUGUCUGUGUUUGCUGUAAAAAUACCAAACAAACAGGAAGUUCAGUGUUGACAUGUUUUUGUACGUGAACGCGUCUGUUUUUUCAUGGAUAGAUCAAUGAAGUUUUGUAAAUAAAUGUUUUUUUCCACCA